AACUGGGCCGGAGGCGGCAGCGUGGCCGCUCCGCUCCUGCGGAGCGCAGGCUGAGCCUGGGAAAGAAGCGUCCCGCGRUGUCUGCUCUUGGCUGGUGCCUCUGCUGCGCCUCAUUGAGCAGGCGGCCGCCGAAUAAGGCAGUUUGUUCAUUCAGCAGAGCUGGAAUGAAACGGGGGCAAAAUUGUCUCCGCAGCAUCCUGGAGGGAUCGCGGGCUGGGACUUUAUCAUUCCCGGGACUGGGAUACUCCAUGGGCUUUCAGGUAUGUGAGAAAUCACAGUGACCCACAGCAGCCAGCAGGAAAAAGAAAUUGUAAGUUCAAUAUGGCACCCAUUUUAAAUUGGAAGAAGCUCAUGAAAGUUGAUCCAGAUUCUCUGCCUCAUCAAGAGGAACUGGCAGACAGAUUGCUGGAUAUACUGUUCAAGGUUGAUGGAAAAGACAUAAAAACUGAAACUCCUGAAAAACUGAUGCACCUUUUUAAAGUUACUCAGUCUCUACUAAAGAUGAAAGCUCAAGAGGUAGAACUGGCACUAGAAGAAGUUGAAAAAGCUGGGGAAGAGCAGGCCAAAUGUGAAAAUAAUUUUAAAACAAAGCUGAUGAAACUUCAAAAUGAAUUAGAGUUGGCACAAAGAUCUGCUGGUGGUCGUGAUACUCGUUUUUUGCGUGAUGAGAUCCGCCAACUGGAAAAGCAGUUGGAACAAAAAGAGAGACAGUUAACAGAUAUAGAAGAAGAACUGGAAAAGGAGAAGAAAGUGAAUGAACAGCUUGCUCUUCGAAUUGAAGRUGCUGAAAAUGAGAACAUCAAAUUCAGGAGAGAGAAUGAGCAAUUGCGUCAGGAUGUAGCUGACUAUCAGAGGCAAAUAGAUUCUCAAAAAGAAGCAAUUCCAUUACGAAGAGGAGAGGUUUCUAAUUACACAUCACAGUUGUCCAAAAGAAGCUCUGAGCUUGUCCAGUAUUUGGAUGAAAUUCAGAAUUUGACUGAAGCUAAUGAGAAGUUAGAAAUUCAGAACCAAGAAAUGAGGAAAAAUCUUGAGGAAUCAGUGCAAGAAAUGGAGAAGAUGACUGAUGAAUAUAGUAAAAUGAAACUAAUUGUGCAACAAUCUGAUAUUAUUAUGGAUGAGUUAAGAAAAGAGAAAGAUCAGUACAAAUUUCAAGUUCAGGAUCUUUCAGACCAGCUGAAAGCAAAAAAUGAGGAAGAUGAUCCACUCAUGGCAGCUGUAAAUGCAAAAGUUGAAGAAUGGAAGAAAAUCUUAGCUUUAAAAGAUGAUGAGCUCCUGCAGUAUCAGCAAAUGUUGUUUAACUUGGAAGAGAAAAUGAAAAUGAUCCAACUUGAUGUAGACAGAAACAGUAUACUGUCUCUUCAGCAGGAUGUGCAAGAGCGAGAURCUCAGAUAAGAUUGCUUACUGAGCAAGUUGAACAGUAUACUAAAGAAAUGGAGAAAAAUGCAUUUGUUAUUGAGAAAUUAAAAGAUGAUCUCCAAAAAGAUAAAGGUUACUCAUCUCUUUCUCAGCAGAAUCAAAUCGGGGAUAUGCAAGAAAAGUUAAAAAUGCUAGAAGAGAGAACUAUGGAGGCUGAGAAAUCAGCAGAAUUGGCAGAAGCACAUGCUAGAGAAAAGGACCAAGAGCUUGUUGAGACUUUGAAAAGAAUGAGAGACUAUGAACUGGGAAUAUAUGGCUUGGAAGAAGCUGUUGCUGAAAUCAAAGAUUUAAGAAAGCAAGUCAAAAUACGAGAAUGUGAGAUUGAAUCAUUAAUUAAGGAAGUCAAUAAACUUGAACUUAAAAUAAAUGACUUUCUUGAUGAAAAUGAAGAACUCAGAGAGCGCUUAGGUCUUGAGCCAAAAACAAUGAUUGAUUUAAAUGAACUCAGAAACAGCAAAGCACUGAAGCAGGAGCAAUAUAGAGCUGAAAACCAGAUUCUUUUGCAAGAGAUCGAAAGACUGGAAGAGGAAAGAAUUGAACUGAAAAAACACAUUCGUAAGUUGGCUCAGGAGAAAGGAAGAAGAGUUGCAACAAUAGGAUUGGAUGCUGAUAAUAUGGAGAUGACUGAUAGUUUUACUGAAGAGAAGGAAAAGAAUAUGAGGAAGUUGGAUUGCUUGAGCAGACAUGACAUUGCUGAAGAAAAAGCAAAGAAUGACUAUCUUGCAACUGAAUUACAUCAGAGAGAGAGAGAUUUGGAAAAGAGCAGGACUGUAAUGGUCAAAUUUCAAUCUAAAUUAAAAGAGCUGUCAGAAGAGAAUAAACAACUUGAACAAGGAAUGAAAGAAAUAUUGCAAGCCAUCAAGGAAAUGCAGAAGGAUCCAAGUAUGAAGGGAGGAGAAACAGCCUUAAUAAUUCCUAGUCUGGAUCGUUUAGUUCAUGCAAUGGAGUCAAAGAAUUCAGAGGGGAUCUUUGAUGCUAGCGUGCACUUGAAAGCUCAGGUUGAUCAGCUUACAGGACGAAAUGAGGAAUUGAGACAGGAGCUGAAAGAGACUCAGAAGGAGGCAACAAGUUUGUCUAAUCAGCUGGCAAGUGCCAACGAAAAGAUUGCACAAAUGAAAAAUGAAAUUUGCUUACUGCAUCAGUCAGAAGGAACCAAUAUUGUCUUCCAAACAGUGAAUCUUCCAGAAGGAAUGGCUCCUUCAAGUGCUAAUACGAUUAAUUCUCUGAAUGAAUAUUUAAUACAUCUUACACAGGAGCUGGAAAACAAAGAAAAGCUACUUAAACAAUUGGAAGAUGCAGUAGARGACUACAAGCGAAAAUUUGCAGUAAUUCGUCAUCAACAAGGCUUGCUGUAUAAAGAAUAUCAAAGUCAAAAGGAAAGCUGGCAAAAAGAAUCAGAAAACAUUAAAGAGGAAAUGAGAAAACUCAAAGAGCAAAAAGAACAGGAUGCUACAAAAAUAAAAGCAUAUUCUAAUUUACUCGAUGCACUUCAGAUGGACCCUGAUGAAGGAAAAAAAGUACUUGCAGAAAAUAAUAGAAAAAUAACAGUUUUACGAGUUAAUGAAAAAUCACUAACGAGGCAGUGUACCACUUUACUAGAAAUGGAACGGCACCUCAGGAAAGAAAAUGAGAAACUAAAGGGUGAAAUAACAUAUAUGGAGACUGCAGUUACAGGGAAGAUUGGAAACUUGCAACGAUUCAAGGAAAUGGCUUGCUUUAAGAUUGCAGCUCUGCAGAAAGUGCUGGAUGGUAGUGUGCCAUUGUCUGAGCUGGAAGUGGCCAAUAAGCAGUUCAAUGCAUUAACUGCUAAGUAUAGAGAGAUGUUGCAAAAAGAUAAUUUGCUGGUCCAACGGACAACAGACAUGGAACACAUGGAGCGUGAGAAUGAAUCCUUGAAAGCACAGAUAAAUUCAUUGAAUAAGGAGCUUGAGAUCACGAAAGAGAAACUUCACACUGUAGAACAAGCUUGGGAACAGAUGACUAAACUGGGGGAUGACAGUACUAUGGACAAAGCCACAAAAGCAAUAACCAACAGUGAGAUUCUGUCCAUUUCUAAGAAAAUUACAGUGUUGGAAAUGAAGGAACUAAAUGAAAGACAGAGAGCAGAACAUUCACAACGAAUGUAUGAACAUUUAAGGAGUACUGUAAAGCAAAUAGAAGAUCGUAAUUUUGAAUUGGAAACAAAGUUUGCUGAGCUCACCAAAAUCAACCUUGAGGCACAGAAAGUGGAACAGGAAUUAAGAGAUGAACUGUCAAAGAGUGUAAGUAAGGCAGUAAGUGAUGCGGAUAGACGACAAAUCAUGUACCUAGAGAAGCGUGAGAUGGAGCUCAAGAUUGAAGUAUCAAAGUUAAGAGAACUGUCUGAUGUAGCAAAAGCACAAGUUGAAGCUCUGGAGGCACGCCAGCAAUACAGAGAUAAAGAAGURGAAUCUCUUAGAAUGCAAAUUUUAGAUUACCAGGCACAGUCAGAUGAAAAAGCAGUUAUUGCAAAACUGCAUCAAGAUAUCAUAGCCCUUCAAGGUAGUGAAUCUAUUGCUGUAGGCAAAUUGGAGAAGUUUAAACUGAAACUACAGAAGAUGGAGAUCCAUAAUCUACGAUUAGAGCAGAAGCUUGAUGAGAGAGAUCAAGCCUUAUACUUUGCCCGACUCGAAGGAAGAAAUAGAGCCAAACAUCUACAACAGACAGUCCAGUCUUUGCGGCGGCAGUUUAGUGGUGCUCUGCCUUUAGCACAGCAAGAAAAGUUUUCUAAAACAAUGAUUCAGCUACAGAAUGACAAACUGAAGAUCCUGGAAGAAGUUCAGCAUGCCCAGCAGGAGUGUCGAAACGCAGAAAACAGARCAUUAGAGCUGGAAUUAAAACUGAAAAGUUUAGAAGAAUUAGUAAGUGCUUUGAAGGAUACAAGAGGAGCUCAAAAGGUAAUUGAAUGGCAUAUGAAAAUGGAGGAACUCCAUCUGCAAGAACUUAAACUCAGUCGAGAAUUAAUCAAGCAAAAGGAAGAGGUGAAGUAUUUGCGUAAUAUAAUUUCUGAAUAUGAAUGUACAAUCAGUAACCUGGAAGAAGAAAUUGUACAGCAGAACAAGUUUCAUGAAGAAAGGCAAAUGGCUUGGGACCGGAGAGAAGUAGAACUGCAGCGCCAAUUAGACCAGUACGAUCAUCAACAAAAUGAAAUACUUAGCACAGCUUUAAAGUUAGAAGAGGCUACAGGCUCAGUUCCAGACCCUAGUUUGCCAAUCCCACAACAACUUGAGUUGGCUUUGAGAAAGAUUCAGGAGCAUAUUCGAACAAUUAUGGAAACUAGGGCAACCUGCAGAUCACUGGAGGAGAAAUUAAAAGAAAAGGAAACUGCUCUGUGGAAGGCUGAACAAAAUGUUCUAUCAAGAGACAAAGUUAUAAAUGAAUUAAGACUUCGAUUACCUGCAACAUCAGGAGAGAAAAUAAUGGCUGAAUUAAGCGAACAGCAAGAUGAUUCAGAAUACCAUCAUGCCAUUAUAAUUGCUCAUCAAACCAUUGCGAAUAUGCAAGCAAGAUUAAUUCAAAAGGAAGAAGUGUUAAAAAGAUACCAACAUAUGCUUGCUAAAGCAAGAGAGGAACAAGAGGAAAUAGCAAAAAAGUAUGAAGAAGACAUAAGAGUUCUAUACCAGAAGUUAGAUUUGUACACUGACAAUUCCCUUAAUAAAUUCAAAGAGACUGCUUUGGAGCUAGGAAAAAAGACUUCUGUAUCCAUGGCCAACAGUGAAUAUUUUCAACACUUAGAGCAAACUGUAGCAGAACAGGAUAAUUCUCUUGCUUCACUUGUUGGAAAAUUAAAGAAAACAUCAUCUGAUUUGGAGAAACAGAAACAAAUUACUGUAAUGAAAAUCAAUGAGUUUGAGACUAUCAGAGCCCAGCUUCAAGAAAAGCACACAGUUGAUGUGGAACAAAUGAAAAAAGAAGCAAAUGAAUUGAGGAACAAUUUAUCUCAGAAGGAGAAGGAAUUAGCAAAUGUAAAAGCUGAAUUAGAGAUCCAAAAAGAAGCAAAUAAUAGAGCACCCACAGCAACAAUGAAAAACCUGGUGGAACACCUGAAGAGCCAGUUAGCCAUAAAAGAGAACCAGCAAAAACAGCAUCUUCACUUGCAAAAAAAAAAAAAAAUUAAUUCUUUUCAGGCUUUGAGUAAAGCACUUCUAGAACUCCGAGCAGAAAUGGCUGCCUAUGCUGAACAGCAAAUUAUUUCUGCUGCAUCACAAAAAGAGGCAUAUAUGAAUGUCCAGGAGAUUGUUGACAAACAAACCAAAGGACUUAUGACACAGAUAGAGGAAUUGAAUAAUCAGAUAACAAAACUUACAGAUAACCUUAAAAUAAGUAAAAACAAGGAAACUUCGUUGUCUAAUGAAAGGGAUGAGUUAAACCAAGAACUUCAGAAGAAAGAAAAAGCAUUUGCUAAAAUAUUGAGGGAAAAGAAUGAAAUGGAAAAAGAAAAUGAAGAACUGAAGAACCGGAUUAGGAGGCUAAGCAGUAGCAUUCAGAGCAAAGCUGAUGAACAAAAUCUGAUAGAUGUACUUCAGAAAAAAAUUAAAAAGUUGGAAAGUGAACUUGAGAAAAAGUGUGAAGAAACAGAAAAAAAAGGUGAAAGAGAACACAAGAGCUCCAAGGAGGAAAUAAUUAGAUGGGAUGAAGGUAAAAAAUGGCAAAUCAGAAUGGAAGGAGUGCGGAACAAACUAAGGGAAAAGGAAAAAGAAGCAGAUGCUUUAUCCAAACAGUUGAAUACAUUGAAGGAAAUUUAUACAAAGACUGAAAAAGAGAAAAUUGCUCUUCAGAAGAAACUGAAAACUACUGGUGUCACUGUUGAUCGUGUUGUUGAAAUAAGAGCCACAGAAACUGAAAAAGAAGUGGAAGAACUAAGAAAACGGAAUCUAGAGUUAGAAAAUGAAGUUGCACACAUGAGAACACUGCAAGCACUCCCACGAGACUCUGCUGUAGAAGACUUACAUUUCAAAAAUCAAUACCUUCAGGAAAAGCUUCAUGCACUGCAGAGACAAUGUUCAAGAGAGACAUUUUCAAGACCYUUGACAUCAGGAAAAGGAUCAAGUGAUCAGUAUCKAAGAGAACAAGAAGUUUUAAAGGAAAAUUUGAGAUUGUCAUCUGAAAACAUUGAGCUAAGAUUCCAACUCGAGCAGGCCAAUAAGGAUUUGCCAAGACUAAAGGACCAAGUAGAUGACUUAAAAGAAAUGUGUGAACUUCUCAAAAAAGAGAAAGCAGAUGCUGAACGAAAGCUGGGCAGUUUUAGAGGGGCUGGUAGAAGUGGAAAGACAGUCCCAGAAUUGGAAAAAACAAUUGGCUUGAUGAAAAAGGUUGUAGAGAGAGUCCAGAGAGAAAAUGAAGAGCUGAAAAAAGCCCCAGCUGUGGUUUCUAAUGAGAAAUUACUUGGUCUUGAGCAGGAAAAUGAGAGGCUAAAGUCUGAAAUGGAAAAAACGAAACUUGAUCUGAAAGGCCAGCUGAGUAUGCAUUAUGAAUCGAAAACCAAAGGACUGGAAAAACUCAUUACUGAAAACGAGAGAUUGCGUAAAGAGCUGAGAAAGGAAGCUGACAAUGGAGAGAAGCUGCGAAUAGAGAAGAGUAACUUGGAGAUAUUAAAUGAGAAGUUAAAUGUGCAGCUGGAGGAAACCAUUAAGAAGCUAAAUUUGGCUGAGAACCAACUUGAUGGAGCAGACAGCAGAAGCUGGAAGUCCAUUGUAACAAGAAUGCAGGAAGCUAAAUUGAAGGAAAUGGAAAUGGAUAUUGCUAAAAAAACCCAAAGCAUUGCUAACCUUAAACGGCUGCUUCAGGAAGCAACAGAACGUGAACACAACACUGAUAAAAAUUUACAAUAUCUAAAAGAACAAAUUGAGCUUCUCAAACAUCUUCCUGAAGGUACAGGGACAGAGCAAAACCUAAUCAAGGAGCUUCAGCUUUUAAGGUUAACUAACAGUCAGUUAGAGAAAGAAAAAGCCGAACUAGUGCACCAGAUGGAGGAUGGAAGUGAAGGUCCUGCAGCUAGACAUAAUGAAAUUGUAGAGAAAGAUAAAAUUGACAAGCUAAUGACAGAAAUGGCUGACCUCCAGUCACAGCUGGAAGCUUCAGAGCUCGAAAAACAKCAAUUAAAGGAAGAGACAAAAGAGCUGAGAAGAGAACUAGAAACCUAUAACCCUUCCUUUUUUGAAGAACUUGAGGAUCUAAAAUACAACUACAAUGAAGAAGUAAAAAAAAAUAUUAUCUUAGAAGAGAGAUUGAAGCAGCUUUAUGAAGAGUUUGGCAUUCAGGAUAGUGCAGGCAACAUUUCUGUUGAUUAGGUUAGUGUUCAAWAUCCUCAUAAUUGAAACAAAAACUAAAAUUUUCUGUGUUUAUCUUGUAAUUAUACAAGUUUCUUAAAGCUAUGUUAGUUUGCACAGACYUAGGAGUGCAGAAUCAGGAUCGUUGAACAGUUUAUGGUCAGUAUUUAUAUACAACAGUCAAAAUAAAAUGAAUUUUACCUCUCCUCUACCUGUCAGAGCAAUAAUAUAUUUUAAUAGUAUAUUCAGAACAGUUAAUUUGGGUAAUAAGGUGUCAGGUAAGUUGAAACCUUGGGCUUAUCCUAAAAGUUAAUUAUCUUUUAAACUGUCAGCAUACUAAGGCCCAGAUGAGUAAGAAUUUGCUUAUUGUCUUGUGUGACCAUAGUGUUUAAUCCUGAACUYGGGGUCAGUGUUCUGGAUGUCUGUUCUUACAUCCCUGGUUAUCCAAGAUAAAAACUAAAACGGAAGCUAUAGUAUUGCAGCCAAACGACUGCUAUUCUUGUACAUAAUUGAUUAAAUAAAAUGAAUAAUCUCUACUAUAAAAGUAUACAUCUAGCUAUAUAAAAUAGAGACAACUCAAAUGAUCAAUUUCAACUUUAUUAUUUAUACACCUUCUAUUAUUUAAUAUGCCCUUGAUGAAAUUUCCUAACAGAGAUGCUGUUGUAAAUGGAAAUUAUUAAGCCAAGUCCUGYCUCUCUCCACUUACUAGGAUCUCCAAAAUAAAACUAGUAUGUUCUCUAUUAUUAACUCUUUUUGCCCCAAAAUAGUGCAAAUGCCUGUAGGAUAUAUGUUAGUUGGGGUAUUAAAUGGUAUCAGGUUGCAGAUAAACAGGUAAAUUAUACCAGGAAGUUUUCCCCCCGCAAGAAACUGUUACAACUUAAAGAGUCAAAGUUUAGGACUAGUUCUGGUCCCACCUGAAAUAUGUCCUUUUACUGUUAAGAAACUUUAUGCUACAUCUCAAACCUACACAUAGUAGAUCAUAAUAAUUACACAUUUGUAGAAGUUCAACCUGUGUAAAUUUUCCAGUUGAUUGCAUUCAUUAGUAAAGAUCUGAGGACCAGCCAGUGUUAGACAACACACUUCCURCACUUAAUGCUAACAGUUUCCAGUAAUGGGUUCAAAAGUUAAGAAGUUUUCAGAAAAUAAACAUGCUGGAAACUAGAUCUCUGCUCGAGCUGUCAGAUCUGUUAUUUAAAAUUAGUCAUUAAGUAUAAACUUAAAAUUACAUACUACUUGGGCUGUUGCCUAAGAUAGAAGAUUAUUCAUGAAGAAGAAUUCUGUAGUAGACACAAGUAAGAGGAAUGCAACACAUACAACAAUUAACUUAAAAGAAAAAUAAUCAUUUCAAGCAUCAAACUUGAUGUCUUUUAGUCUGUCAAAUCUUUGUCCAUCCAACUCUGAAAAAUGGUGAAACAAACUCUUUGGUUCAAAGUCAUAGUCAUAUUUAGUUCUAUUAAAAGAAAUUACAACAGGCUGAGAA